AUGACCGAUAAUCUAAUUCUGCCAUUACAGUCAACGACAAAGUCGUCCGCUACAAGAACGCCUGCGCCAGGGGCUCAGAUGCGAAUGAUACUGCGGUUGGGCAAGGCACCAAGUAAGGAGGUCUCCACUGCCUAUGGCUCAACGACAACGGAGAUCGCGUUGGUGACGACGCAGGUCAACGAACCAACGUCUACUACCAAAAGGCGCGUGAAGCGCACUAGGACUCCAUCGACUAGCACGACGACUCCUACAACAACGACUACUACCACAAAGAAACCGACACCUACCACGAAGAAACCGACUACUACCACCCGACGCAAGACUACCACCACCACCACACGGACUACUACAAAAAAGCGUAAGAAGAAGAAGAUGAGGAAAAUUAUAAGUAGCACGACCACCACGAAACAAUCUAUGCGAAAAUGGCGACACAUGGAAGACCCCGAGACAACGCCGGAAACCUCGGAAUCGAAAACUAAAAAGAAGAAACCGACGACUAUAACCCCUGCCUCGGCUAACAAAGAGUGA